UUAUUGACUGCUAACGCAGUUUUGACUUGUUUGUUACGAAAUAUAUAAAACUGUUCAAGUUAUUUGAAAUAGUAUCUUAUUUUCAUUCUCGUGUUAUUAACAAUAACCUAAAAUUAAAAUUUAAAGUCAGAAAAUCUAGCAAUGUUCUACAAAUCAAAUACUAGGUAUAGUAUGUUAAAUUAAAAGUAAGUGGUAACAGAAGGAAGUUAUUAAAAGUAUUGAAUUACACGUAUAAUCCCAAUAUAACAAUGACCACAGUCCAAAGUGGUACACACAAUUUUAAAGUAGUUUUGUUAGGAGAAGGCUGCGUCGGAAAAACAUCUUUAUUACUGCGAUAUAUUGAAGACAAAUAUAAUGACAAACAUCUUACGACGCUCCAAGCAACCUUUCUCAACAAGAAAUUGAACAUAAAUGGAAAACGCAUAAACCUCUCUAUUUGGGACACAGCCGGACAGGAGAAAUUUCAUGCCCUUGGACCAAUUUACUAUCGGAACUCGAAUGGCGCCAUACUUGUUUAUGAUAUAACUGACGAGGAUUCUUUUGGAAAAGUAAAGAAUUGGGUUAAGGAGUUAAGAAAGAUGCUCGGCUCCGACAUUGUGUUGGUAAUUGCAGGCAAUAAAAUUGAUUUGGAGCAGGACAGGACUGUGCCGUUGGAGGAAGCUGAGAGUUAUGCGGUAAUGGUAGGUGCGAGGCAUUUUAAUACAUCAGCUAAAAUGAAUCAAGGUGUUGAGGAGUUAUUCCUUGAACUGACGAGGGAGAUGACGGAAAGAUUUGAACAAAAUUCUCAAGCCGAUGUGUCAAGGACGUCCAGGGUUCUGGUUGUCGAAGAUGAAGCCCCACAGCAGUCUUCUUGCUGCUCAGGAAUUAGGAACUAAAAUACUAUAUUGAUAAAAGCAUUGUCUAAGUCAAACUUUAGUCUCCUGGGGCUCGAAUAACUUCAAAAUAUGUAAACCAUUUUGAGCCCGUCUCAUAUCUGGUCUGAUUACUUUAUCAUUUUAUACAUGUGCAAAUAAGUGAUAUCAUUUAAUCACAACUAGCAAAAUUUAUAUAGAACUUAGGCUAAUUCUAUAUUUAUAUAUUGUAUUCAUCAGACUAUUCAUGAGAAUAUUUGUUAUAAUUAUUAAUAUUUUAUUAGUAUCUAUCGCUAGAAUGUAUCACAAUGAUUUUGAAUUAUAUUAAUUACUUAUAUAUAUAUAUGAUAAAGUAAUCUAUUUUUAAAUAUUUCAAAUAACUUUUAAUGUCUAACAAAGGGCUGUUAUUUUGACUGAAGCGUUGUUUUAACAUAGUUUGAUCUAUAAAAUCUAUUGUUUUGUUUUUUAUUGAGAUUGUUUCUAUUAUUGGGAAUCUAAAAUAUUAUGAAUUGUAAAUGUAUUGUACAAGAAUUCAGGAGUGUUUUGUAAUGAUAAGGUCAUACUGUCAUAUUAAACAAACUUCAUUACAUAACUUUUUAAUUUGUCACAAAAAAGUUUUAUAUUAUGAUAAAUGAAAAAUUCGUUACAGGAUAUAGUCACUAUUUUCAAUAUUCUCCUAUUUACAUUGCAUGGAGGCAGACUUGAAUGGAAAUGGUAUGGAAAAAUUUGUCCUUGAAAUUGAUUAGACAUGCAUUUUACGUAAACCAUUGCUAUACUGUAUUUAUUAAAAGCGAUAGCUAAAAAUUUAAGUAUUACAUUCCUUGAAUUAUAUAAUUUAACAUAUAAGUAUAUUCUUUCGUCUAUAAUAAAUAUUAAAAAAACCUAUUGUAAGGUGUUUCAUGAACAAGAUUUUUCUUAUUCCUUAAAAUUUUAACUGUCAAGUAAUGCCAGUGACAUUGUUUCAUAUAUUCUACAUGUUCAAAGGCGUGACUGAACUUUUGUUUAUUUCGUCAAUAUAUCUUGCAACUGUGCCUACAAUAAAUUAAAAUUUUUCGAUUGGUUAAAAAAAUAUAUGUGUUCAUGUAAAUUAUGAAGUUUUUAAUGAAUGUGUACGUAUAUUUACCAUUUCCUUACUGUAACUGUAAUAUAUAUCACUUGGCUUUAUAAAAAAUUAAUACAGAAUCUAAUUGUUUAUUAGUAAUAUUGAUAGAAAUUCUUGUAGUAAUAUACAUUUGAUAUGAACAAAACCUUAUUUAUAUUUACUGUAUUAUUAUAAAUAUGUUAUUUGAGAACUGCUUAAAAUAAAUAUGACAUUUAAGUUUUUGUUCUCUAUGAAUUACGAUUAUACUAUUCUCUGAAAGAUUAAAUUAGUUCACGAAUUUAAAACACUUGAAUUAUUGGCCUCGUUUAUUGUUAAAAUUUUGAAUAAAUGCACUUGUUUCAUAUAAUGUC